CCAAACCAAAGUCCUCUGGCCUGUACCCAUUUACCAACCAGAAGUGUGAGUUGUGUGUUUGGUAGUUUUGUAGCUGGGUUCGCGUUGUGUUGUAGAGUGUUGGGCUCUGUAUCCCUUUUUGGUGAUUUAUGCGAAACAUUACGACAGGCUGCGAGCUGUUUUUAUUACUUGGUUGCGGACAAUGUGCGAGUGCUAAGCCGGUCUCCAUUGGCACCUAUAGCGGAUUUGCUUUAAAUUGAAGUUAGCGGUGGUGAACGUAAAAGGCUUAGAGUCCUAUGAACGAAGAAUUGUUGCGAGGAAACAUAAAAGUUUCAAAGCUGGUUGAAGUGGGGAGAAUUUUGUGAAAUAGGCAGAGUCCUUCUGAAGUGAUGUAACUCUUGACACGCGUGUGUAUUUUUCUUAUGCUGCUCUUUGCAUCUUGUUCUCUCCAACAUCCAACUGGAACUCGAGUGGCAAUCAGUGUGAGUUUUAUGUAAUCGUUAGCAAAGCUGACAUGCUGCGGCAGUGAUACAACUAGAAGUGUGAUUGAAGCAUAUUGCAGCGAAGUGAUGACCCACUGAAAACGUCCUCCCGGAAUCGCUAUCUGAAGGGACCGAUCUUAGAGAAAUAAAACCGUGUCACUUAUUGAAGGCGUUCGAGUUCAAAGAGCAAAGAAAAUCAAUGCUUUGAGUGCCAGUGAAGAGAAACGUGCUUAACAGUCCAUUUUCCAGUUCUAUGUUCAUGCCAAUCAGGAAAAUUUUCGUUUCAAAUCAGUGUACCACCCUACCUUGAAGCCGGUGCCAUAUAUUUUUUUGUGCAAAAAGUGGAACCAUUUACCAAAGGAAGAAAUCAGCGGAGGAGAAGAAAAAACGUGAAAGGUUCUAUACGAAGCCAAUGUUUGCUAGUCAUUAACGAUUCACGUGAGAGAGAAAAAAAAGCAAAAGGUGUAGCAGCGAUAUUAAAAAAUAAAAACCAAAAAGUAACCCUCGCCAUUUCAGACAGGAAGGUAAAGUUGCACCGGAGGAAGAGAACACCUUGCCAGCACAAUCAGUAAAACGAUUAGCCCAACCGGAAGUUUAUUAUUCCCGCUGUUUGCCCCACUGUUGGUGAAAAAUACGGCUGUCUAUUGUUAGGACGACGACGCCUUUUUUUGCUUCAGGACAAAACCGACUGUCAUCUCCAAGCGGUUUUCGGAAUUAAGUGUUGAAUAAUUCAAGGUGCAAGCAAUUAUCCCAGCAAUCAUAAAACUGUCAUCGUUUUCCCAGUAGAAUGGAAUCCUCUGCAUUAUGACAAUAACCGGGACCACUAGAAACGAACGCACGCCAAGUGGGUAGAGUCGUCCCAACAGCAGAGCAGCCAACCGGAGCAGCACCCGUACCAAGCGAAACAUCACAACCAACCUGCCCCAUAUUUCGGACUUGGUGAAGUGCAACAUGAGCUCACGUCACGCCUUCUACACCGUCGAGGUGGGCGACACCAAGUUUACGAUUCUGAAGCGAUACCAAAACCUGAAACCGAUCGGAUCCGGCGCACAGGGCAUUGUGUGUUAAUCAGCGCACCUGAUUUUAGUUGCUUCUUAAUAGCUCUUUCGUGAAGAAUCAAAGUUGGGUGUAAUUUAAGUCAACAAUUUGCCAAGAACAUCCAAACAAACACAUAUCAGUAAUUAUAAUAGCGUGUAUGAAAUAGGAUCGCAAUCGAAAAUGAAUCAAAACCAGACAGAAAAAUUUGAAAAAUACCAGUUUGGUGAUACAGAAUUUGAGGUGCCUUCGCGGUACGUCAGACUGGAGGCGAAAGGCUUCGGUGCCCAGGGCAUGGUCUGUGCCGCGUACGACACCGUCACCCAGCAGAAUGUCGCCAUCAAAAAGCUAUCGCGACCGUUCCAGAACGUCACACAUGCCAAACGAGCCUACAGGGAGUUUAAGCUUAUGAAAUUAGUCAAUCAUAAAAAUAUUAUCGGGCUAUUGAAUGCAUUCACACCGCAACGCACGCUCGAAGAGUUCCAGGAUGUGUACCUCGUCAUGGAACUCAUGGACGCCAACCUGUGUCAGGUCAUCCAGAUGGACCUGGACCACGAACGGAUGUCCUACCUGCUGUAUCAGAUGCUGUGCGGCAUCAAGCAUCUCCAUUCGGCCGGUAUCAUUCACAGGGACUUGAAACCUUCCAACAUUGUGGUCAAAUCGGACUGCACUUUGAAGAUCUUAGAUUUUGGACUGGCCCGCACAGCCGGAACGACCUUCAUGAUGACGCCGUACGUCGUAACGCGAUACUACCGCGCCCCGGAGGUUAUCCUGGGCAUGGGGUACAAGGAGAACGUCGACAUCUGGUCGGUUGGAUGCAUCAUGGGUGAGAUGAUCCGCGGUGGAGUGCUGUUCCCCGGUACCGAUCACAUCGAUCAGUGGAACAAGAUCAUAGAGCAACUGGGUACGCCGUCGCCCUCGUUCAUGACCCGGUUACAGCCGACGGUGCGGAACUACGUCGAGAACCGGCCCCGAUAUACCGGCUAUCCGUUCGAUCGGCUCUUCCCGGACGUGCUGUUCCCGACCGAUUCGAACGAACACAACCGCCUCAAAGCUAGUCAAGCGCGGGAUCUGCUGAGUAAAAUGCUGGUCGUCGAUCCCGAGCAUCGCAUCUCCGUCGAUCAGGCGCUGGUGCACAGCUAUAUCAACGUGUGGUACGACGAGAGCGAAGUCAAUGCGCCUGCUCCUGGUCCGUACGAUCACAGCGUCGACGAGCGCGAGCAUACUGUCGAGCAGUGGAAGGAGCUCAUCUAUCAGGAGGUUAUGGAGUACGAGGCCCGCAACAAUCUGACCGACGGCGAAGGGACCCCGCGGUAGAAAUCAUCGACCGAAUAAAACGAUCCAAAUCUGGUGUUUCUGAGUUCGGCGGCGACGACGACAACGACGGCGGCGACGGCGAUGGAAGCAGCCAGUUUGUGUGAAGAGCGUUUGGUAUGAGCGGCGGACAAGGCGGAAAAUUUACCGGAUGAGAGACAAACCCCGAAAAACUGCGAAAUGUGAUUCAAGCUGGAUAAUGAGGUGCGGUUACAGGAAACUGGGCAGCCUUCGGAAACGCACUGACAGAGUAUGGGAAAUUCUUUAGUAAAACUUUCAAAAAUACAAUCUCCCAAAUUCAAGACAAAACCAUUCGAAGAAAGCCAUUUUCCGUCUCACCACCAAUCGCCUAAUGUGAUUGUGAAUGUAAUAGAAGUAGGCGAAGAAAAAAGCAUCCAGAGAAGAAAGUGGUUUCGUUCUGAUCGCCCAAUUUCAAAUUUAAUUGGAAACGGGUUAAGAAAAUCGUACUAAAUAAAUUAAAAAGUAUUUGCUCGGCUAAAACAAAAUACAAAAAAAAAUCGUGCGCUGUGAAGAUCAUCACUAAUACAAAAUAAAUGGAAAACAUCAAUGAAAACAAAAUAAUAAUGAAAAGGAAAACCAAUGCCCUAAAAAGCAAGAUUUGUAAAUAUUUAUUGAAUUUGUGACAGACAACUUAUAAGCAGACGUGGCGAAAAAAAACAUUGGCAUGACAUACCCUCUAGAUUAAAUUAUAGUAAACAGUUCGUAUGUGAGUGAGUUAAGCGAAUAAACGUAAAACAGAACAAACCGAAAUCCAGCUGGUCAAAAUGUGCAAUAAUUUUAUCGCGUCGAUAGUUUUGUGACAACCAUAUAGAAAAAAAAACAAUACCAACAAACCAACAAACACGCUUCCAUUCGGGAUGGUGCCGGGUCUGAAACUGGCGACAUCUCAACCCAGCAUCAUCAUCAAGUUGACUAAACCCAUAGGCCGAUCUAAUUGCAUUGAUGAUGUGUAUUUAAAGUCUACACUAAUCUCAUCGCAGUAAGAAAUCACCCAUUCAGGAGGUGUGUGACACGGAGCGUUUGUUCACACAUGCAGCACUAGCGGUUCUGUUGUUUGCAUCCAUCUUCGAUCGUUGAAAAUACGAAGACAAUUGGCAUGAGCGAGAAGAUACCGAUGAUAAGAUGUGAUAAGGUAAGUCUGUCGAUUGUACUCUUUUCGGUUUCUAUCUACCUAAUUAAAUAUGAAGAAAAAAAAUGCUCAGGUUAACUAAUGGCAGACUAGAUUCGACGAUAAUAAGAUCGUCGUACUCCAUAGCUGUCAAGUCCCGCAAACUGUUGAAAAAUUACAAAACGGUGAGAGAAAAACCGUCAAUAUACUUGAAGCAUCUGUGAACGAGUCAUGUCGCAAAAUUGACAUUGACAUAAUAUGUUCAAUCAAUAUCUCGACUGAAUUUAUUUGAAAGACUACAACACAAUUGACGGUAUAAUUCUUACGAGUCAAUAGAAGAGUGGACAUUUUAAUUUGCCAUUUGGAUUGUUUUUAUUUUAGCAUAGCUGUGGGAUAUUGAAGGUCAGAAUUUGAAAAUUUGAUUCAUAAGGAUUUUGAGAGAAUAAAUUAAUCAAUGUUAAACUGUUGUUAAGUCUGUUCAAACUACUAAACAGUAACUUCAUUUUUUUCUAACUCAACACCAAUUCUGAUAAGUUCUAGCAUUGUCAUUACGAAGAGCGUUUGAUGCUCAAAUCUAUUCGACCAAAUAGCUUCUCAGCUAAAUGAAGUUAUUACAAAAGUUUCUACAAAUUUGAUAUUUUUAGAUUCCUAUAAUUACCUCACUAACAUGGAAAUGAUGUUUCAGUCUUAUUUUCGUUUGUUUGUAGAAUUACAAUCAUUCGAAAUUGAAAUAAAAAUAAAAUAAUGGGAAAAAUCUCACCAAAUUUAUAUCGUACUUUGUAUGUCACCAGUUUUUGAAUAUAUAUUUUAUCAAUUAUCUUAGACAAGUUUUGGAACAUUUCGUAACCUUUUUCCACCCAUUGUAUGCAAUAAUAAAAUCCAACCCCAAGUGGAAUUCGUGUUUUUUUACGAAAAUAAAAUCACAUAUAUCACGACUCUACAUUACUUUGAAACUCCAUUUUGACUCUGACUCUUCAAUCUAUUCAUUAAUUUAGAUAACACUGCCCUUUAUUCAAGUUAAGGUAACCCAAGAUGAAGGAAUCUAGUUCAAACGUCGAAUGAAAAAUAUAAAAUCAGUACAUGAAACGGAUUUUUCGAUCAGGAGAUUUCAACCGCUGGUUGGUUCGUCUCCAUAGAACAGAACAUUUCACACACUCACAAAAUGAUCAUUUCUCAAAAACACAUAUGUUCGAUUGCCAUUUAAAUUGCCAUAAUCACCCGAAUCAGAGAUGUGAGACAAAAUAGACGCAAAAUGUACUCGAGGUACUUAAAUAUGGCAGACGUAACCCAUUCACACAAAUCAUUUUUAGGAAACCACGAUUUAUUCUGUAUAAUAGCUCGUAGAAGGUUCGUUUGAAAAUCAAUUGUUGCGGAAGUCAACACUUUGUUAAUUGAUUUGUGGUAAUAUGAAGCAAAUACCAGUAUGUAAACAUUGAUUAUGCAAACAAUAAAUAAAGUAGAAGAAAAAAUAAUGUAAAUAUUACCUAUGUAUGGAAGUAAUACUACAAAUUUAGCAAACAAAGUCUAAACAGAGAAAACCAUUUAGCCAUUAGUGCAGCCCAAACUUACGUUUAAAGUAAUCAAGCAAAAAGAAAACCAAGCUCCAAUCAUUUUUUGAUGACUGGACGCGCAUUGAUGGCAGUUGAAAUAGGAAUCCAUCAUCGUAUGAAGAAAGUAUAAUCAUAAACUAGCCUUCGUUAGUGGAAGGCUUUAUAUGCGAUGAUAUUUUUUAGCGAAAGUUAUCUCAAAGAAUGUAAAAUUUAAUGCAAGCACACCUACUCUAGUAAAGCAAGAUAAAAUCAACACUGACACAAAAACGCAAGUAACUCUUCAACUGAAAGUUGGAAAUAUUCCUAUCGAACAUACAUCCGGUGAGCUACACAAAAAUCACAUGAACACACGAAAACGCAAAUUCCGACUUAGCCGACAGAUUCAAUAUGACAGUUCAGAGCAAACAUAAUUAUAGGAAGCAUCUACACAUGGAAGCAAAUGAGUAAAAGAACAGUUUUACGAUUCCGCCCUUUUUAUAGAAUGAAAAAUAAAUGAAAAUGACACAAACAGGAUGAAAAAUUGAAUUAAAAAAAAAACAAAAAAAUAUCUAUUAUCAAAAGCUGAAAAAUAAUCCUGAUUCAUGGAAAAGACAUUUCCAAAAUAGACUUGUUACAAUUUUUAUGAAGAAAUGGAGAAACAAACGAUGACACGUAAAAAUUGGUCAAUAGGAUGGCCUGCUGAUUGAGACAAAAAUUAGUGACAAUCGCUUCCUUGAUUUCCGUUAUCUACUGAUUAGAUAAAUAAUUUGCAACCCCUGUCGCAUAAUGGCAUUAUUCUUCAAUGGAACCGUCAAGCAAAACAAACACAUAAAACAAACGUCCAAACAUUUAAAUGAUGAUAAAAUCUAAUCAACACUAUUACCAAAAAGUUGUUCGUAAACAAUCGUAGCAUCCCAAUAUCUAAACACAAAACACGAUCACUCAUGUUCUUUACAUAGCUCACAUUACCACCCAUUCUGCUUUUUUGUAUUGGUUCCCAUUUCUAGAAUAACACUUAGAUAUUACCACAGGACAACACAGAAUAAACAGAAACCUCUACAACACGAAUUACUUCAGUAGGAUGUAGUUAGAAACCAUUCGAUAGGCUCUUAUUCUCUUCUAAAAAAAUGAUUUUUCUCUAAUUCACAAACCUUUGAAGACUUGAGCAAACAGACGAGAAAGCAUGAGUAGCAGUCACUUUCUUUAGCAGGUACAGAUGAUUAGAAGGAAACUUUCUGCAAAGAGAAAAGAGGUGUUCGAAACACCACGAAAACAGUAAAAUAUUCAAAUCUACAACUACCAACAAUUAUUACAAACCCUAACCCAGACAUUGAGAAGGAAAAUUUAAACAAAACAGAUGAAAAAGGAAGAGUUGAAUAACAAAAGAAAAGCAAAUUUUGUCGAUUCCCGGCAGGCAGCAGAAUAACAAAAAAAAUACAAAUCUAGAUAAAAACACACACACUCACACUUUAAGGUAGUAAUGGCGAAACGGAACACAAGAAAAACAGCAAGAAAGAAGACGUAAGGUGCAAACGUAACUGAGUCGGUUUGAUGCGAAAAGGAAGAUUGAUUAGGAGAAGUGUAAUGAGAUAAAAAAAAAAGAAGAAAGCAGAACACGUAAAUAAUAUUAUAAUACAAAGUGAACAGUAAAAACAAAAUAAUAAACAAACAAAAAACUGACAAGACAAAUGUAAGAAUGGAAAUAAAAAAGCAAAACGGAAAAAUUAAUGAUAAUAAAACUUAUUUAUCACAAAACAAAGGA